UGCUUGUGAGUUGCGUAUGGAUGCGGAUGGCCGUCCGGGCUCAAAGCUCGAGUAGGGCGCCUUUGUGCGCAGAGGACGGAGAGGAUCCCGUCUCCAGUGCGCGGCACUUGAUGAACCGCUACAAGGUGCUCAAGACGCUUGGAGACGGGACUUAUGGUUCAGUUCUGAAAGCCCAGAACAAGCAGACAAAUGAAUGGGUGGCAAUCAAGAGGAUGAAACAGAAGUACUAUAGCUGGGAUGAAUGCAUGAAGCUUCGUGAAAUCGCGUCAUUGCGGAAGCUUAUACAUCCCAACAUCGUGAAGCUCAAGGAGGUCAUCAGAGAAAACGAUGAGCUUCAUCUAGUGUUUGAGUUCAUGGAGGCCAAUUUGUACGAGUUCAUGAAAUCUAGAGUUCGUGCGAUUCCAGAGAGCAAGGUUCGAAAUAUCAUGUUUCAGACCAUGCAGGCCAUGAAUUAUGUGCAUAAACACGGCUACUUUCAUCGAGACAUGAAGCCAGAGAACCUGCUCGUUAGUGGGGAGACCGUCAAACUCGCUGACUUUGGCUUGGCGCGUGAAAUUAGAGCGCGCCCUCCCUUCACCGAGUACGUUUCGACUCGGUGGUACCGAGCACCGGAGGUGCUGCUGCGUAGCUCCAUCUACAACUCCCCGUUAGACAUUUGGGCCUGUGGUGGCAUCAUGGCCGAGUUGUACACACUAAGGCCGCUAUUUCCGGGAGCAUCUGAGAGCGACCAGCUCUACAAGAUUUGCUCCGUGCUGGGCACACCCACAACGGUCAGCUGGCCAGAGGGCUUCAAACUGGCAGCCCAGCUGGGCUACCGAUUUCCACAGUUUGUGCCUACGAGACUGGAGACGCUCGUGCCGCAGGCAAAUGCCGAUGGCAUCCAGUUGAUGCAGGCCAUGAUGCAGUGGGACCCCAACCGGCGGCACUCCGCUACAAAGAUCCUCCAUCAUCCAUUCUUCGAGGCAGAUGCCCUGAACGAAACUGCGUGGCACUUGGAGCACUUGU